UUAUGAUGCCAUGAGAAGGAUAAACCCAACAAUGUAUGCAAUACUUUAUGCAAAAUGGUGUGCAUCACAUCAUUUACCUGUUAAUGAGGCUUACAGGAGUCAAAUUCCACAUAAUAUAACAGCUAGAGAAUCUUCACAUUUGGCGAGAGAGCGAUUGCCAAAGGACUUUAUAACUGCUCAUUGUGAUACAGAUGGAAGUGAAAUUCUUACUUCUGAUUCUUCAUCAUCUCCAGAAACCAAGGAGAUGGAACAUUUAGACAGAGGUCUUGUUGAAGAAUAUUGCCAGGUUACCUCAGGAAGUGGACACCAGGUAAAUGACAGAGAUAUUACAUCAGAAGUACAACUACAAAGAGGUGUUACUGCUGACAGGGUGCUGCCAAAGUUCCAUGAACCAGGGGACACGAAUCCUAGACAGGAGAUAAAGGUUAUUUCAUCAGAACAACUGCAAACUUUGUGCCCUGCUGUUAAUAAGAGCCUAAACAAAACAGAUGAUCCAUCUGAAAAGAAGCAAGGAAAGUCAUGGAUAAAUACAUUUCUGAACAAAAUGCGUUUCUCAACAACAGAAGCACAUCUACCAGAUGACGACUGUCCAACAAUUGUAUGGGAUAAUGAUAGAAAACAGUGGAUUGAUACAACUACAAAUGAAAACAGUCACUCUGGUGAUCUGCUUUUGCCUCCAAAGUCAUCUGGGAUUGGUCCAUGUGGAGCCAACAAUGUUUACAGGCUCAAAAAAUCAAGAGAUGUAAGAUCAAAGUAUGUGGAUGUUCUACAGACCAACAAACAAUUUUCGAAUGUGAUACUAGGUUUCAAGAACAGCUCAGAAGAGAAAUCAUAUUUAUAACAAGGGAACUAUAUAACUAGAUGUG